AUGCAGGCCAUCUCUAUUGCAGUAGCUCAAGAACAACUUUUGUCAUUACCUGGGAAUCACGUAUUGAGGAAAUUUAAAGGCUCGUGCACCAACUCGUCAGUCCAGGUCAACGUCAGAGUCAGAGUCAAGCAUGCAGUCAGCGAGAAACAUUCAAAGUUGUGGCCAUGGAAGACCACUGAUGGUGGAAGUCCAGGCACAACCAUAAUUGUGAGAGGCGAAGACCCUCAGACAUGGAUUACGUCUCCCAACGCUACCUUUUCUGCAGGAUUCGGCCAUCUCAAUCCCACAUCUCCCCUCUAUAGUUUCUCGAUAUGGUACACCAAAAUGCCCAACACAGUCGUCUGGAGCGCAAUGUCCAAUGACACGGGAGGUUUUCCAAUCGGGCUUAUCAAAGGCGACCAGCUCGUUUUCCAGACCGAUGGUCGAUUAGUUCUCACCUCCAACGCUGCUGGAAUUAUCUGGGGAACUUCUACGUCAACUCUCGCAGUUACAAAAGCUUUGCUUCAGGAGAAUGGCAACUUACAGCUUCUAACGAGCAACGGAGUGCCUGUUUGGCAGUCAUUUGAGCGCCCCACGGACACCCUUCUUCCUUAUCAGCAGCUCAUUGGAAACACCCGGCUUGUCUCCAGUAACCGAAAAUAUGACCUUCGAAUGGAUGUGAGUAGAGUUGCGCUCUACUCCCAGGGAUAUUGGCUUGAACCAUACUGGAAGAUCGCGAAUGACAAUCAUUCCGAUUCUGCGGUCAGUCCUCCUCGUCUCAACUUCAGCACUAGCGGGAUGCUUUCUUUCUUUGAUGGGAACGGCAGCUCCUGGAAAAAUCCUGACAAAGUAUAUGACACGGCACAGAGGUAUGCGCUUGAUUAUCCUGAAAUUGGUCUAACCCGAAGGCUGACCCUGGACGAUGAUGGCAACUUGAGAAUCUACACUCUUGAUGAGAUCAAGAACAGAUGGCUCAUAACUUGGCAAGCUGUUCUUCUCGAGUGUGACAUCUUUGGGAAAUGCGGGCGCUUUGGGAUUUGCACAUACCGGCCGACUGCAACUUGCAUCUGUCCUCCGGGAUUUCACCCCACAAAUGCUUCCGAUCCGUCACAGGAUUGUGUUUACAAUACUCCGUUGACCAAGUGUCCAACAGGCCAAAACUCAACAGAUCCAAGAAACUUCAAGAUGAUCCAACUUGUACGCACGGACUUCCAAUACAAUGACUACAAUAGCCACCCGCUGCCAAAUCCGUCAUCCCAGGAGGAUUGUAUCCAAAGAUGCCUCAGGGAGUGCGAGUGUCUCGGAGCUGCUUUCCAGAUGGGUGGCGCUGGAAUAUGCUGGCUCAAGGGCUUAGAUCCCUCGGGUCUGUUCAAUGGCAAGCAGUCUGUGGACGUGGACAACGUUUUCUUCUUGAAAGUUUCUGCCAAAGAUCCAGGACAAAGUCCGGAUGCAAACGUAUACGUGACAAACGCAAAUGCCACCGUCGUUCCUGGUUUCCAGUGGCUGGUGCUCCAUCGGCCAUUUUUCAGAGAUGGUCCUCGCAUUGCGCUCUUCAUCACAACACUUGUGUUGAUGGUUUUCCUCUUGGUUACUUGUUUUAUGGGGCUCUGCUGGAUCAUAAGCGCUAGAGCACGUAACAACAUGAUGGAUCUCGAUUUUGGCAGUGGGCCUGCAAUAUUCACGUAUCAGCAGCUGCAAAAUUUCACAGACAACUUUUAUGACAGGCUUGGAUCGGGAGGAUUUGGGACAGUCUACAAGGGGCGGCUUCCAAAUGGCACUCUUGUUGCAGUCAAGGAGCUGGAAAUGGCCAUGCAAGCCGAUAAACAGUUCCAAGCCGAGGUGAAGACCCUCGGCAAGAUUCACCACAUCAACCUCGUCCGCUUGCUGGGGUAUUGCUACGAGGACAAUCGAAAGCUCCUGGUUUAUGAGUACAUGCCUAAUAGUUCACUGGAGAAGCUACUUUUUUUGAAUGAUACAGAGCACUUUUGCGGCUGGGCCAGCCGAUUCAACAUUGCUUUGGGGAUUGCAAGAGGGAUAACAUAUCUUCAUGACGAAUGUCAGGAAUGCAUUCUCCACUGCGACAUAAAGCCUCAAAACAUCCUGCUUGAUGAGAGCUUUAUUCCAAAGGUAGCGGAUUUUGGUUUAGCCAAGCUGAUGAAACGGGAGAGGGCAUUGAGUGUGACAACUGUGCGUGGGACCAGGGGAUAUCUUGCACCUGAAUGGAUCAGCGACCUUCCAAUCACAACCAAGGCGGAUGUCUACAGCUUUGGAAUGGUGUUGCUCGAGAUUAUAAGCGGCAGGGAGAAGUACCUCAUGACAAUAUCUGCCAUAAACUCAGAAAACAACCGCUGGUGUCUCUCGGACUGGGCUUACAACAUGUAUCAAGCAGGAGAUCUGGAAAGUAUCGUUGACAAGAAGCUAGUGAGGGAGGAAGUGGAUUUGGUGCAGUUCAAGAGGCUGCUCAAAGUUGCAUUAUGGUGCAUUCAGCAUGAUGCAAAUGCAAGGCCAUCAAUGGGGAAAGUGGUGCAAAUGAUGGAAGAUACUGUACAAGUUCCUGAACCAUUGUCUCCAAAUUUAUCCUCCGAAAUAGCUUUGGAUCCUUCUGUUGGUUCUCUGACAAAUGGACGAUAA